CCAUCAUGUCCUCAAUCGUAACGAUCAGAUUGCAUACAAUGACAGGACGUCGUCCUCCUCGACUGGAGCUAAGUACCGAGAAAACGGCUAGGUGUGGGUGGGAAAAGGAGGCUUCAAAUGGUGGGGACUGCAUGCAGCUCCGAGGCGCUGUUUCGCCCGCCCAGUAUGGUGGUUCGCCUAGCCGCCUUCCGGAGCAGGCAACCACUUUUGGAAUAUAUUGCAUUCGUGCAUCAGUGUGCACUAUUUUCUUGUUGCAUAUCGAGCUCAUCUAGCAAGCAAGUGUCGGCUCUUUCUGCAUUUAUUGAUGAUUGUUAACAAAUAAGAAUAUCACGGGGACUACUCAACCACUACCUGUAAUGGAUUCAUCGGCAGGAGUUCUUGACACCGUUACUAGCUCCUCUGGCGAA